GAAGAACUCUUGCAAUGUUGCCCAACACUGGGAGGGAAUAAAGAACAAAUGUGUGUGAGAAAAUGUCGCUGUAAAUUGAUGUAAUUGUUUUUUCGUGAUAUAUCCAAACCUUGAGGACAAAUAAACAACGUCAGUGUGCAACCGGUCGUUUUGGGGGAGCAAAACAAUGGCGGGCAACAUGUCCUCCAGCACCAACGGGGAGCUGAAGAAGCUUUCGGAGGAGUCCCUGGCGCAGCCGCCGGAGAAGGUGUUCGACAUCAUGUACAAGCUGGGCGAGGGCAGCUACGGGUCCGUCUACAAGGCCCAGCACAAAGAGAGCAGCUCCAUUGUAGCCAUCAAGCUGGUGCCGGUCGAGUCAGAUCUGCACGAGAUCAUCAAGGAGAUCUCAAUUAUGCAACAAUGUGAUUCGCCGUAUGUGGUACGUUACUAUGGGUCGUACUUCAAGCAAUAUGACCUCUGGAUCUGCAUGGAGUACUGUGGAGCCGGCAGCGUUUCGGACAUCAUGAGACUGCGUAAGAAAACCCUAACGGAGGACGAAAUAGCCACCAUUCUGUCGGACACGCUGAAGGGUCUGGUCUACCUGCACCUUCGUCGCAAAAUCCAUAGGGACAUUAAGGCUGCCAACAUAUUGCUCAACACAGAGGGUUAUGCCAAACUAGCCGAUUUCGGGGUAGCUGGCCAACUCACAGACACAAUGGCCAAAAGAAACACUGUGAUCGGUACACCCUUCUGGAUGGCGCCGGAGGUCAUCGAGGAGAUUGGCUACGAUUGCGUUGCGGACAUAUGGUCACUCGGAAUCACUGCCCUGGAAAUGGCUGAGGGAAAACCACCAUAUGGUGACAUCCAUCCCAUGCGUGCCAUUUUCAUGAUCCCUCAAAAGCCGCCGCCGUCAUUCCGAGAGCCAGAUCGCUGGAGCACUGAGUUCAUAGACUUUGUUAGCAAGUGCCUCGUCAAGGAGCCGGACGACCGAGCGACGGCCACUGAGCUGCUGGAGCACGAAUUCAUUCGCAAUGCCAAACACCGUUCGAUUCUGAAACCCAUGCUGGAGGAGACCUGUGCCAUCCGCGAACAGCAGCGGGCGAACCGAAGUAUUGGUGGAGUUGGAAUGCUCCAAAACAUGUUGGAAACCUCCUUUAUGGAGGACCCAGGGACAUUAGUGCCGGAGAAAGUCGGAGAGUACCAGCAGAGCUCAGCUUCGGAUGCUACCAUGAUAGCGCAUGCAGAGCCAGACUUGGACGAGGGUACUUUGGGGCCGGGUGGCUUAAAGAAUCUGAACAAAGGCGGCCCAGCGGCUGGAGCUGCUGCAGCUGCCACUACAGCUUCGCCCCUCGAUGGUCCACCCGUCGAUACCGGCACCAUGGUUGAACUGGAAUCCAAUUUGGGCACCAUGGUUAUCAACUCAGACUCCGAUGACUCCACAACGGCCAAGCCCACUGAUGAUCAGAAGCCACGUAAUCGCUACAGACCACAAUUUCUGGAGCAUUUUGAGCGCAAGAAUGCAGGCGAUGCCAGGGGCGAUGACAAGGCAAUGGCCACGGAGUACUCCCCGGCUGCAGCCGAGCAACAGCAGCAGCAGCAACAACAGCAACAGCAGCUACAACAGGAGAAACCGCACUUGGCCAGCGGGGCCAACGAUAUUACUAACUGGGAGCACAAUAUGGAAAUGCAGUUUCAACAGAUCUCCGCUAUCAAUCAGUAUGGGCUGCAGCAACAUCAGCAGCUGCAGCACGCUCUCAUGGCUUAUCCGCUAAUGGACGAGCAGCUCAUUGCUCUCAACAAUCAGCAAAAUCUGCUUCGCAACAAUGCAGCAGCGCAGGCUAUCGGCCAGCAGGGAAUUCCGCCAGCGGCUGCGCCUGCAGCUCCGGCCCAGCCGCCGCCCGCAUAUCAAAAUCAGCACAUGCAUACGCAGUCGCAUGCAUAUGUGGAGGGCGAAUUUGAGUUCCUCAAGUUCCUCACCUUUGACGAUCUGACACAGCGGCUCAGCAACAUCGAUCACGAGAUGGAGCUGGAAAUUGAGCAGCUCAACAAAAAAUACAAUGCCAAGCGGCAGCCCAUUGUGGACGCCAUGAAUGCGAAGCGCAAACGCCAGCAGAAUAUCAAUAAUAAUCUGAUUAAGAUAUAGGAAUAGCAACUCACAACUUUGCAAGGCAACCGAAAUUUGAAUUUCAAGUCACGGAAGUGCGUUUGCAUUAGAUUGAAGCCCAGCUUAAAUCACGGAAUACCUACAGAGCAAUCUGUAUCCACUAUUAAUGUUUCGUAGUUUGGCGAACGUUCAAUCUAAUGGAAAGGCCUUAACUCAAUCACAAGAAAUGAUAACACAAAAGCUUUAUUGUAAAAUGCAGUGAAACAGGAAUGGAGAAUGUGGUCAAAGCCGUGGAGUAGUCGGCAGAAUCUUCCAGAAUGCACGAAUGUUUUUGUUGUUGUUGGUUUUUCCCUUGGUUUUAAUCACACUUCUGUUUCGUUUCAUUUCUCUCAAUGAUCUAUCUCCUAUGAUUAUUUUUCGUUUCGAAUAAAACUUAUAUUUGGUUUAUUGUAGCUGCUGCCUGCAUCGUCUACUGCCUGAGCCUUAUUCUAA